GUAUUUUUAUUUUCAUUUUCCUUAACAAACAAGACAUAUAGGAAGCGGCCGGCAGUGACAAAAACCAAAACCUUCCAGAAUAUUCUUGCCUUUGUCCAACCUCGCGCGUCGCAAUGAAAAUACCAUCAUUAAACAUCAGUCAAGCUCCAGCUCCGGCGGCCGCUGUGGCAUUUUCACCGGUGAACUCUUCUUCUUCGUCAUUGCCAGCUCCGAGAAGAAAACCCUUAAGUUAUUGUUCUGCUACAGCUACUGCUUCACCUACUAAACCUCAGUUUCUUUGGAAUAUUAAUAUUCCCCGAACCUCCGAUCCCGCAAGAUGCUUCAAACCCCACGCCGUCGCCGGUGCCGGCGCAACCCCGUCCCCGGACACGACACUAAAAGCCCGGCUCAGAAACGGCGAGACGCUUUACGGGAUAUUCCUCCUUAGCUUCUCCCCGACACUUGCCGAGAUCGCCGGGCUCUCCGGGUACGACUUCGCCGUCGUCGACAUGGAGCACGGCCCCGGCGGAAUCUCCGACGCCUUACCCUGCCUCCGAGCCCUCGCGGCCACUAACACCGCCGCCAUCCUCCGUGUCCCGGAAACCUCAGAGAAAUGGGCCAAGAAGGCCCUCGACCUGGGCCCACAGGGAAUCAUGUUCCCGAUGAUCGACACCGCCGAGGACGCCGCGGAGGCGGUGUCGUUCUGCCGGUACCCGCCGGACGGAGUGCGGGGAUGCGCCCACCGAGUGGUUCGGGCAUCCGGGUACGGGUCGAACGAAGGGUACCUGAGCAACUACGAAGACGAGCUGCUGAUCAUGUGCCAGGUGGAGUCGGAGAGAGCGGCGGAGAACGCGGAGGAGAUAGCGGCGGUGGACGGCGUGGAUUGCGUCCAGAUGGGGCCCUUGGAUUUGAGCGCCAGCCUGGGUUACUUGUGGGACCCCGGGCACAAGAUGGUGAAGCAAGCCUUGAGGGCUGCCGAGGAAGCAGUAUUAAAAGUAGGCCGUGGCGGGAAGAAGAAGAACGCGGCGUACUUGGGAGGGUUCGCAAUGCCGCCGCACGAUAGGGCGGUUGAUCUGAAAGCAAGAGGGUAUCACAUGGUGUCCGGGACGGUGGACGUGGGGUUGUUCCGGCGUGCGGCGGUGGAGGAUGUCAACAACUUCGGGGUGGGCUUGAGUUUGAAUGAUGAUAACGACGAGGAUGAUGACAAGUACCGGUUAUGAAUUAAAGGAAGAGCUAUGGAAUAAAUUGAGCCACGAUUUCACUUGAAGUGUCUGCCAAAAAACAAUGGAAUCUUGUUAUUAGGAAAGGAAAAUCAUGACUGAAAUCUGCUUAUAGAAGUGGAAAAAUUAUCCAUAUGUUGCAGUUAAAUUAAGAUUAAAUCAAAGACUAUGAUUUAAUCACCCAUC